AUGGCAUCACUUUCACCGGAAGACCUUGAAGAAGCCAAAGAGACCACCAAUGAAUGGAAUAGUCAGGGUGUUCCAGACAAUGUCAAAGUCAAGAUUGCAAGAAAGAAGGGUGACGAUGGAAGGGGCCACACUGGACAAGGGACUCGGACCAAGCAGAAAGCAAACACAGGUGGAAUAGGGUACAUAUACCUAGUGCCUCGAGGCCCAGGCAGGACCCCUGGCACCUCAGGCAGACCCCUAGAAGCCAAACCUCCCUACUACAACAACAUGAUCUGGCACUUUGCAGCCGAGAUGUGGAACUGUGUGGGGAUGAGGGUGUUCAUUUUGUCAGCUUGGAAAGAUGGAGAGAGCAAGGUCCAGGUGGCCGGACAUGAUUAUAACCAAGAGUUUGGUGGUACUGAGUCUUUCAUGAAGACUCACAAGUGGGAUGUUAUCCAGCCUGAAUGGGACGCAUAUGCUGCGAGCAUACUCGAGGGUGAUGUCAAUGAAAACAUGGUUGCUCACAAGAAAGGUAGACAGGACAACACAUAUACCCUCGACAUCGGAGAUCAUGGAUAUCCAGUCAUCCCAGCAUGCAAGUCCAUGGAUUUAGAUACCAAGAAGGCACAACCCCAAGGAAAGUGUUGUGGGGACCUCAAAGUCUCCGUACCAUGGAAGUAUGUGAUACCCAGGUACAACAAGAUCAUUCCCAUACAAUAUCUUCCAGAGGGACAUAAUCUUGCAGAGCCAUCAAAGCUAAGACAGGUCCAAGCAACAGAGUUGUUACAAUUUUGGCAUAACAGGCAGGAGGAAGGCGAAGAGCACAUCUUCGAAUUCAUAGGAUGGUGGGAUAAUGAUAGUCAGGACAUUGUCCUGGCAACUGACCAAGACCAGAGGGUCACACGCUGGGCACAGCCAACAACCCAGACGAAGACAUCAGGGUCAAAGUCAAAAAAGUCCAUUCAUCCCCAGCAAUCUACAUCUGGAAAAUCGUCUAUGGGUGAAAAGGUGAGGGCGAAGGAACCAACUGCUGCAUGUCUUUCCAGAGUCAGGGCAACCAUGAAUCACUCAGCUUCAGCUCUUGGAACAAAGGGUUGGGGAUCAAAAGACAGGUAUAAGGCAUCAGACGAGGAUCCUCAUGAUGCCGAGACCACAACUGAUGUGUCUUCCGCCGAACUAUUGGAUGACUCUGAGGAUGAUGUCCCGUACGCACCGCUCCCAAGCGUCACACAUCAGUAG